AUGGGUGAUGGUAAGAACACUAUGUUCUGGAGUGACCCCUGGAUUCAUGGUUGUUCUCUCCUUGAGAAGUUUCCCAGAGCCAAGAUGAGACACAACAAUAUCAAGAAAAAAGCCACCGUGAAUGAAGUUUGGAAAAAUAACAUGUGGGACUUACCUGAGCCUGCUCCUGAAAAUGAAGAAGCUUGGGACUAUAUAAAGAACAAUCUGAGUGUUAAGAGUAAUCAGCAAGACUCUGUUAACUGGAAAGUGGUCAAAGGGGAGAAAUUUUUCAUCAACAAAACCUGGAAUAUUCUGAGAAUUAAACAUCCAGAACUUCCAAUUAAAAGAAGACUUAGAACUAAAGAUAAGCUCAAAGCUUGGGGCAUAACCACUGAUGAUAACUGCAAAAUAUGCAAUAAUACUGAGAAUAUAGAGCAUUGUCUUUUUGAUUGCAUGUGUGCUAAUAAGGUGUGGAGUAGAGUCCUCCUUAUUUGUAAUUGCAGCAUAGUGUUUAGAUCCUGGAGAAGGCUUGUCAGCUGGUUCUGUAGAAGAGCUAGAGGUAACAACAUGAUGGCCAAGCUUCACAUAUUGAUUAUAACUACUACUGUUUACAUGAUUUGGAAUGCCAGAAACAGAUUGAUUUUUAAGAAUGAAUCCAGUAGCCCUUCUCAGAUUAUUCAAAGAAUCAAGAGAGUUCUCAUUGAUAAGUUUUGUGGGCAGUGUUGUGGUUAUCCUGAGGCUUUUGUAACAGGUGAUCUUCAGUAUCUCUUUUGGACUAUAUCUCCUUUGGACUGGUGUGUUUUGAGUUUCUGUAGUGAGCCUGAGGCUUUUGUAGCAGGUGAUCUUCAGUUUCUUUGCUGGCCCCUUCUGUUUCCUUUCCUGGGUUGUGCUGUUUUGAGCCUGAGGCUUUUGUAG